CGGGCAGCGCGGCUGCUGCGGGCACUGCGGCUGUGGCUGUGCUGCUGCCCGGAUCCCUCAGUGCUUGCAGCUGACACGUGCCUCUGGCAGCCAUGAAUUGGCUCGGCCUCCUCGUCCUGCUGACCGCUGCCGGGCUGGCGCACGGCACAUGGGACAACUGUGGAGGGACCUGCGGACUUAGACCCAUGGUGUCUGACUCUGCGAACAGAAGUCAUGACUUCAGCAUGACACGCGUCGUGGGUGGCACGAAUGCCAAGCCAGGGGCCUGGCCCUGGAUCGUCAGCAUCCAGCUUCCCAGGGUAGCAGGCACAAAGCAUCUAUGUGGAGGAUCCCUCAUCAGAGCCAAGUGGGUCCUCACAGCAGCCCACUGCUUCGACUUCAUUUUUAAUGUCAGUACCCUGUACGUGGUGAUUGGGGCCACCCAGUUGACUCAGCCAGGUCCUGGUGCAGAAGUGCGCCGAAUUAAGAAGCUACUGCAUCAUGAAAAAUAUAAGAGACAUGACAUGAGCAAUGACAUUGCCUUGCUGGAACUGAACAAGCCUGUCCAGUGCAGUUCCUACAUCCAGCUGGCCUGUGUGGCUGAUGCUAUCCUAGGAGUAUCAGUGUCACAUGCGCAUAACUGCUGGGUUGCUGGCUGGGGUGCCACCAGUGCAAAAGCUCAAAAAUCAAGUGAUCACCUGCAGGAGGCCAAGGUCCAGCUCAUCAAUGCCAAGCUCUGCAACAGCAGCGGCUGGUACGCAGGGGAAAUCCACACCCACAACCUGUGUGCUGGUUACCCACAGGGCACCAUCGACACCUGCCAGGGUGACAGCGGUGGUCCUCUCAUGUGCCAAGACAACAACGCUGACUACUGGUGGGUCAUCGGAGUGACCAGCUGGGGAAAAAGCUGUGGCAGAGCACGGCGUCCUGGAAUCUACACCUCCACUCAGUUCUUCUACAACUGGAUCCUGGUCCAGAUGGGCACAAUGAAUGUUGAAAAUGCUUCUUGA